UCUCUCUUUGCCUCCUAACCUACUUUUUAGGUUCUUAGAUCCUUUCCCGCUCAGACCCUAACGAAAUUUCAAUCUUCAGUCAUGGGUAACUAGUUAUUGUCGAGCGGUUUCUUAGACUUUCCUUUCAUUUCAUGGGUUUGCGCAAUCUCAUCUCUAGCUCUACACUUGAAGGUUGAGGAUAUACCAGCAUUCUAUGAAUUGUAGCGAAGGUCUCAGUUUAAACAGUGUGACUUUGUGACUUCUUCUGCAGCGGAACUUCACUGACACUUUUUCUCUUUACUAUUUGCCCAAGGAUAUCUACCCUCUUUAUCUGAUUAAAUUAAAGGAAAGGAUUUGUUUUAAAUAUCAACACAUCUCGUAUCAGGUUAGGUGUGAUGGUGUUAAUUUGGUUGUAUACAUAAUGUGUUGCUUAGCAAAAAGGUUUUCAAAAUAGUGACAUGAUUCAAGUCUAUGCAUAUUCCUUUAUUUGCAGCUGAGAGCUAUCAAGAAGCGAUCCGAUGCUGGAGCGAUCGGUGCUUGUGCUGUUAGUGUUUAUGCAGACAGCCAGCACCACAGAAGCCUAUACACCGUUUUCAUUCAGACCUUCCGUUCGAUAUGGACACCGGAAAAAUGACCCAGGCCGAGUUAUUCAUAAAAUACCGCCGAAGAAUCUGGACCUGCCGGCUUCUUCGAACAAUCCGCAGAAAUUUUUCGAUCAGAAUUUUCUCUACCAAGUAAUGAAUGUGGCUCAAUAUCUCCAAUCCUUGCCAUCCAGCUGCCAUUUCGAAGGUACUAGGUAUUCUUGUAACAUUGGUUUGGGGUGUAUUUUUCAAGGUCAGCGUCCUGUAGAUUUGUGCAAUGGUGGACUACUGUGGAGUUGUUGUGUUCCUAGAAACGUCGUGCCAUCCCUGGUCAACUUAGUCAACGAGCCUGAAUGUGGAAGAAGCCACAUGAGGGACAGCAAAAUAGUGGGAGGUGAAAAUGCGAAUUUUGGUGAUCAGCCUUGGCAGGUCGCGAUUGUGAAACAAUCUUUCCUGUACAGGAAGAUUUCCUGCGGAGGAGCCCUCAUUAACAGACAAUGGGUUGUGACGGCUGCCCACUGCGUUGCGAGGACUCAAACUUCGGGUUUGAGAGUUCGUUUAGGGGACCAUGAUAUCAAGCAGACCACUGAAAAAUACGCUCAUGAAGAAUUAGCAGUACGAAGGAAAGUCGUUAAUCCAGACUACAACCCUUCGAACUAUCAACAUGAUAUAGCUCUGUUACAACUGCAAAGACCAGUGCGGUUUCGCCGUCACAUCAUUCCAGUAUGCCUGCCUCUCUAUGGCGAAGAUUUUUCAGGCCAGAAAGCAACUGUAACAGGCUGGGGACGAACCCGCUAUGGUGUUCGAGACUCACCAGGAAUUCUUCAAAAAGUAGAGCUCGAAGUCAUUGAUCAUAAUGAGUGCCAAGAAUGGUAUAAAAGCAUAGGAAGGAAAGAAACCAUAUUUUCAACAAUGGUGUGUGCCGGUUACAAGGAAGGCGGCAAAGACUCCUGUCAGGGGGAUUCCGGCGGUCCUUUGACAGCAGUGAAAAAUGGCAGGUCGACCUUAGUUGGACUAGUAUCUUGGGGAGUCGGUUGCGCCAGGCCAAAGCUUCCUGGUGUGUACACAAAAAUUUCAGAAUACGUGGACUGGAUUGAAAAGGUCACCAGCUAAAAACGGCAGAAUAAGCAAAUUUUAUGAUCGAAAUAUUUUUUCAAAGGAAUGAAACUUACCGGAAAUACAGCUUUUAACUCAGAGAAUUUUUUAAAACCUUGUAAUAAUUGUCUGUAUGAUUUCAAUAACAAACAUUAUUGUUUUGUGAGCUUCUGAUAAUACUUUUCUGUAUUUAGCUUGCGAGUCAUCAGGUAAACUUUAAAUAUUUAGCAUUGUAAUUUUAUGUAGCCUAUCUUGAGUUUGAGAAGGCUGUUUUAAUUUUAAAAUGGUGCUAUUUUGCUUUCCUUCCCACACUUAUUAUUAUUAAUUUAUCUUUCUAUUAAAUAAUUAUGCUUUUGAUAAUCGACGUCUUAAGGCUUUUUGGAUAAUUUUCGGAGUAUAAGAAAAACAUAUGUCAAGAAUUCCUUUUCUUUUGAGAAGAAAAUAAUUUUUAUAAUUUAAAGGGAAACCGAUUUGUAUGGUACAUCUCUCAGAUUUUAAGUAUCUUAACAUUCUUUUCUUCUAAGAAAUAGAAGAGAAAAUUGCGUAUGCAAUUUCUUUUUAUACGUUAUAUGUGACUGAAGUAAUAUUUUGGUUACAUUUUUCACCACAUGACAGAGCAGUGAGUAUAAAAUUUUCUUGAGACUAUUUUCUCUUUUUUGCACACGAAUAAAAAUUUUGUUUUUUAAAGAAAUGAAAAAUAUUACUUUAGUGAAGAAAUGGUGUUAUUUUUCUGCUUAAUCGGGGAAUUAUUGUGAUUCUUUACUUUCAAAUUUAUUCUGAAAUAAGAGUUGCUUGCAUUCAAUACUACUAUUUUCAAAAUAUAUCGUGCCAUGUUUAAGAACAAAAUACAUCAUUGAUCGCUAGAUAAUCUACAGGGAUAAUGUGGCGUGGAUUAUAUUAAGUUAAAAUCAAACACGUUCUUUAGUUAACGAAAUGAUUAUCUUAUGUCUUUAUUUUGCUGAAGUUCUUUAUUAAUAAGCAGAAGUAGGCUGGUCUUACAACAUUGAUUAUUAACAUCAUCAAAGUAAUGUCAAACAAUUUGGGACUGUGAUAAUGCUACAGUUCAACUAAUUUGAACUUUAUUAUUGCUCAAGCUAAUACUGUGAAUUUCUUUUUGUGUAUGUCUAUCUGAAACGUUUUUAUAUACAACGAGUCAGAUAUGUAUAGUUAUGCUUUUGUAAUAUUCUAUCUUUCGAGUUCAGUCUGAACUUUACAUGAUAACGGCAUUUAAAACUAUGAUAUCGUAUUAUUUGUUUGUGAUGUUUACUUAGGUAUUUCUACCAUAUUUUUCAAUCAAGUCCUUUAUGUUAUUACACGGGCAGUUGAAAAUCACAUGUUGCUGCUGAUCCAUCUACUGUGAUUCAGUAGCAACAUGCUAUUUUUAAAUCACAACUUUCAAUAACAUAUCAUUUGAUACACUCCAUUGGAUGAAAGGUUAUAAACACAAAAAUUGGAUGAUAUUUAAUAACAGUUAAUAUGUUUCAAAUGUUUCGUAUUAAUUUCGAAGCUCAUAAUUCAAAUCUGAAUAAAAAAACUAUUCUUUUUUCUAGUAUAAAGCAUAAAAAAUUAUAUCUCUGACUACCGACUGUAUUUCCUAUGUAUUUCCUAUGAACCCUUCUCUUGUAUGCGUGUAGCAUGUCUUGCUGAAAAUUACUCUGAGCUGUCAGUUUUAAACAAAUUCAUUUUUAAAAGUGCGAGGCUUCAAGCUACGUUUUAGCAUCAUAUUUUAUGGUAAACAGUCUCUUCUUCAGAAAAUAUUCUGUUGAAAUUUCUUAAGAAUAUGAAGUUAAGCUUUGAUGUCACAAAAAUAAUGAUUUGUCAAUAAAACCUAGUUCCAACAUCUCUGUUCAAAGCUAAAAAAACUUUACAGUGGCGCCCGAACUAGAAGGGUGUUGUAUGAUGAUUCUCCUCACCUAGGAUUUGGCGAUUGGUUCCCCUAAAAACCCCAAUCACCCUUUAAAAGGGGGAGUAUAUAAGGUUCUUGGUUUGUGUACAAAUAUUAAACUUGGUAUUGCCGCCAGAGAACACACAACGGCGUAUGAGGAACGUUACCGAACAACCGGAGUAUAUACGGUGGAUCAAGGGCGCAGCCCCAUCCCCUAAUCGAUGAGAUUCUAUGAAAUAGUGGGGUGCGCCAAGCCAAACCACAAACGACGGCAUCCAGCAGCCCGGCCAUGUCCCAAAAAGAAAAGAGGCAGCAUAGAAAAACAAAACACCAUAUAACACUACAUACAAGACUCAAAACAUCAACAUUAAAAUUAACAUUAAAUUUAGAAUUAACAUUAAAAUUAAACCGGGAAACCAAAAAUUAUUAACGGGCCCCGAGUAACAAAAACACAUAUAACGAAGCUAAAAAUAAAAUAAUAAAAUACGACCGUUAGGAUAAAACCCAACGUAUAUAAGGUAUAUAAGGAGUAUAUAAGGUAUUUCUCCCGCCUUUCUAGCGUGCCGUAGUGGUAUCAUACGUUGGGCCUGUAUUCCAGAGGUCCGUGGUUCGAUUCCCAGAGAAGGCGGUUGCUCAUUUUUCAUCUCUCCGGCUUUUCCAAUUAACCUAAUGUCUCUACACUGCGAUCACAUUUAAUUUCAAGCAGUAGAUACUCCUAGAGUAUGAAAGUCCAAAUUCUCUCCUAAUCUUCUUUCUUUACACGUGAAGUAAAUUUUCACGGUUAGAAGGUAUAAAAUUUAUUUCAUAAGUUUUAAUAUCAGUUCAACUCAUAUCGCAAAUAAAUCCGUAGUGUGCAAAUACACAAUUCGACGACGAUUACCAAAAUCAAAUGAUCUGCAAUCUGUUGAAAGCAGGAUGUCAGAAAACUGCACCAGUUUAAUUUCAAGGAUCGAUUAAGAAAUAUAUAUUGAAUUAUAUGGAUGUAAAACAUGUACCAAUGUUUAUGUAGUAGUAAAUACACGCAUAUUGACCUUCUAUUUAAUGUUCUUGAUUCAUAGCAAAUUAGCAAUUGUAUCUUGCUAAGCUCUAACAAUGCCGCAUUACACGCACAUAAUUCACACGAUCUGAUGACGUAUUCUGUAUGCAUCUGCGUGUUCUGAAGAGUGUUUUGAAUUCACUCAAUGUAACUCACUACUUAGGACUUUCAUGAGUAAAAUUUUGUUAAUGCUUAUUAUUGUAAUAAAUGUAAUUAUCGAAACAAAUGCUCUUUAUUCAGAAACGGACAGGUACAUUUCAAUUUCUCAUCUUCUCUAAUUUCCAGUGAUAUAUGUAAAGUAUAUAAAACCUCAGUUUUAUUCUUUAGUUGCUCUUACAACACAAAUAAUUUCAACGAAAUGAAGCACAUCAAAGUGCUUACUUAAUCGUUUAAAAUUUACAGAGAUCAUUGAAAUCCUAAAAAAAGUAUCGAAAGCUUAUUUAGGUUAAUUUGUACACUUAAAAUACUUUUAAAGGAUUUGUUAGUGAAGGUUGUGAUAUCAACACUGGCAAUACAAUUCUCUUAACCGGUAUGUUAUAAAAAUAACGCAUUUUCUGGAUGUAAGUACCUUUUGAUUGCAAGGAUUAGAUUAUAUAAUAUUUCACUCUCGAAAGUCCGUUCAUUAUUACUUAUAUGGCAAUGUUGUAUGGGUGAUGUAUGUCUGUUAUUGUAUUUAUAUUGCAAAGUUUUACGUGUGAUGUGCAUGUAAUUUUUUAACAUUAAUCUUUCGUGGCAAAUCAUUGGCAUGCUUAAGUUAUAUCUCAUUGCAUACUGCGGGGUAUUAAUAAUAAGUUCUAACGAAUAAGAUCGUUUCGAAAGAUAAAAGUUUGUUUUGCUAGUUUCUCUUGUUAUUGCUAGUUAUCAGCUCCAGUUACUGCUAGUUAUCAGUUUUACUAGAUAACUGUGUUAUUCAAGUACCUCAGUACACAAUGCAAAAACGCCUAGCCACCAUUUUAUCCAUGUCUGGUGUCUUCAAAACAUUCUAUUAAGUUAAUGCUCACAAAUCAUUCUUUGCGCAAUUAGUUUAAUUUCUGAAUUUGAACCGUUUCGAUGGAUCUAUUACUUUUGAAAUGAAUUAAGUUAGCACCACAAGCACAAAUACUUUCGCAGAGGCAAAAUUUUGAAGUCUUUAUUAUCCAAAAUUAAGAAAUGCUAUGUGAUAUUCUUGUCUGAGUCUAGUAUUAUACGGAUUUAACAGAACAAAUUAUGUAUUAUACUUCAGUGUUAUACCGUAUACGACAAAAGCUCAAACCAGUUUUUUGGCCAUUAGCUGAAGAUUUCUGCAAUGCCAUCAGUUUCAUAACUCUCAUUUUUACAUUUUUAGAAUUAGUUUUCACAAACAUUGAAGCCAAACUAUCAUCAUUUGAAAUAAAUCACUAUGAAUUUACACGGAUGAUACAAAAAGUACACAAAUUUAAGAAUUUUUUUUAACUUUGGAAAGGUACAUUAAAAAAUCCUUUUUUCAAAGUUAAGGCAAAAAUAAACUGAUUACUUCCAUUUAGUGUUUGUACUUUAAUUUAAAGGGCAUUUUAUAUAGAAUUUUAAAAAUAAUUCAGCGAACCAUAAUUUGAGAAGUAUUCUUUUAGUACCACAGCGAUGAAAAAGUGCAAUUCUUGUAACAGACGAAAUAACAGUAUGUACUUUUAGUACGACGUAAUUAUAUAUAUAUAAAGUACCAGGAGGAAUCAGUUUCUAGAAACCUUUUUUCAAAAUAAAACUUUUCUUGCAGUCAACUUACUUUCAAAAAUAUGUUUGUUUCUUUUAUUAAAAAGAUUAUACUCUCCGUUAAAAAUUUAACGAAACAAAAACGUCAUCUUUCGUCAAAAUUAGUCGUUUUAGCAUGUUUGGACACAGUUUCAAGGCUUGCAUUAAUUUGAUACAUUUGAUUGCUUUAAGCAAUAUAUACAAAAUGUAAUCAUAAAUUUACAUUAUUUAUGCAUUAUAAAACACGAAAGCAUAAUAGACGCGCAAAUAAUACCACAGUGUUUUCCAUGUCACAAACAUGUUUCAUAGGAACUGUGAUACCUUGAUAAUUGUUUUUGAAGUUACAUAGUAUAUUUCAGGUUAUUUGAAUCAUUAAGCUUCAUAAAAACCUAGCCAGAUAUGACCGAAAACGUCAUGCUACUAUAUAAUAAGUGUUUCCCGACACCAGCGUAAGAUUUCCCCUACAUUUCAUACAUUCUCUAGUAUUAAAGCCAACAAUUCUUACAAUAACUAAAUAUUACUUUUCAAACUAUACAUGCAUAUGCGAAACUUCACAUUACCUUAAUAAACCUCUCCACUUACUAAGUGUUUUUCUUAUAUAUAUAAUUAAUUACGAACUUUAAACUUCUACGUUUACCUACUUAAUACAUUCAUUUGUUUUACUCAUUGUAUAUUAAUGCAAUAUAGUUAGGUAUUAUUUAGGUAUUUAGGUAUAUAUUUAUUAUUUGCUAGGUUUCUUUUUUACUUUUCUUCACUUUAGUGUAUAUAUUACUUUGCUUAAAUUUUAUAUUUUAUUACUAUCUUUUGUUUACUGGGUUAGUUGCCUAACUGCCCGUUUAGCAACGGCCAGGUUCAUAUCUGAAAAAAACAUGUAUGUUUACUGCGAUUCCAGUACCGGUGAAGAUAUGUAUUAUAUGCAUGUAUAUAUUGUUUAGCUUCUUUAUUUAUCUAUUAUAGUUCAUAGUUAUUAUCUGAUUUUUUUAUAAAUUUGUGUGUUUGUUUUACUUAGCAUAUUAUCCUUGUUUGUUUUACUUUCCUUUACACACCUAUUGCUGUACUUGAUUUCUGUAUUUCAUUACUAAAUAUUUAUAUUUCAUUCACAUAGUAAUUCGGUUUUUAACAGCUAAUUAAAUCUUUUACCAAACCUUUUUCAUAACUAAAGAAGGACAUGAAUGUUUGUUGCUGUCACAAAUCCUAGUGAAUAUAUAUAUAUUUAUGAAUAUAUGUUCAUAAAUAAAAAUAAAUUUUCCCUUCAAUCAUAUCAUAUAAAAUAAAAUUCCGAAAUUAAAAACAAAUCAAAUAUACCAUUUUUUGCUUAAAUGUAAGAAAGAGAAUAUUGUUGUAAUAAUAAAUGUGUGCUUAGAGUAAAAUUAUGCAUGAAAAAAUAUUCAUGCGUGCAUAUAUAUUUAGUUGCUUUAUAUAUAUUGUUAUUGUUAUUAUUAUUAUUAUUAAGUUUUUUAGAGUUUAAUUAUACGGUUGAUUUUUAUAGUUAUUAUUUAAUUUGCUUGUAAACUUGCUCUCUUCUUGUAAUUAGUACGUUAUAUUUACUCUUUUACUUGUAUUAUUACUUUAGCGUAUAUACCUGUUUGCUUUACUUAAUUUCUUUGUUUCAUUACUAAUCGUUUAUCUACCUGGUGGCUCGGGUUUAAGCAGCUAGCUUCCAAAUCAGCAACAGGCAGGCUCAUGUCCAACAAAAGGCAUAAAUGUCUGUUGCUAUGAGAAAUCCGGUGAAUAAAAAAAAUGAGCUUAGAGCUGCAAACCAAAUUUUAAUUUACUUAUUUGUAAUAACUUUUAUAUUUGCAUAUUUGUUUUGUUUCUCUUGCAUACGCUUAGUUUACUUUUUUAUUUUGUAAAUAUCCUUAUUACAGCAUACAUUAUCGGUAUGCGACAUAUUUGUAAAAAGUCCCCAAAAAUGUAUUUUUCAGCAAUGUCGUUUGUAGUACUGCUUUCAUUCAAUCUCUUUGUCUAUAAAUAUAAUAAUAAUUUUUGUUUUUACUUGCGUUUAGUUGGAAAACGCAUCUUUCAUAAAUUAUAAUGCAUAAAUACUUCCUCAUUCUGAUUCGUUUAUUUCUGAUAAAAGUCAUAUCAACACAAAUAUAUUUACAAAACAAUCACUCCAGAAAUCUGGUAAAUUUACGAAAUAAUCGCUCUGGAAAUUCGGUUUUUUUUGCAAAAUAAUCAUCCCGGAAUCACAUUCAUAAUAAUCACCCAUAAUAAUCCAGACAGUCAUUAAGAAAGAACUCCGAAUAUAUACAUUUUUCGACAAUGCAAUAACUUUUUUAUUACUGUCAUUUUAAUCACUUUCAAAAAGCAAACACUUAAAAAUCAUUCGAUGCGAUUUCAGUUCAGUCUCAUAAAAACAACUCAAUAAUGAAAGUAUUAUAGUUAAUUUCUUUCGAAAUCAUUUUAAUUAACAUUUUGUGUGCUCAUUAGCAAACGUAACAGAAAAAUGUCUAGAGUGUUUUACAUGGAUAUAUUUUAUUUUAGAAGAAAGAAAAGACGAAUUUAGGAGCAAGAAACACUCGAUAUUAAACUGAUUCCUUGUCUGAAUAGAGAUCACGAUCUUCAAAUUCGUAACUUUUAUGCUAUGUUAAUUCUUGCACUACUAAAGCACUAGUAAAGAAUGCCCUUAAUUCUUCCUACAUGCAUUAAUCACUUCAUUUAACGCAACUAAAGCAUUUGUAUGGCAUAAACAGAUUUGGCCUGAAUAGAAAUCGGUUAGCAUUAUUAGUUGUAUUAUUGAAAGAUUUUAUAUUUAUCUUAAAGCAAGAACCAUAUUAGUUUAAUAUAAUAAUUAUGCAGAACUUUCAGUGCUGUGGUACAACAUUAAUUUUACUUAAUGAAUCUUCUUUUUCCUCAAAAUAUAAACUUAGUCAUACCUUUACAAAAAUCUAAUAAUAUAAUAGGAUUUAUGUUUUUGCUUUAAAAAAAGGUACAGUUAUUUACAUAAUUUUGCAGUUUUGUAAGUUAUAAUAAUUAGCAUAAUUACUAUAACCAUUCAGAAAAUUUCGUCUAUUUAUUCUGUAUACGUUAUAUUGUGAAGUUGUAUUAUCUAGUACCUUCAUGUAAUUAAUUAUGUAAUUUAUUCACUUUGUUACCAAAUAAUUGUUUUUGUAUUUGCACAAUAUAAAGUUGCGUAAUUGCUUUUUACGCAAGUUGUAUAUUAUAGGGAUCACAUUUGUGUAAUUCUUUUAUAGAAUUAUUUACAAAAUAUGAAUUACAAUAAUGAGUUCAUAGUUCAUGUUAAGAACCUCUUAAACACGUUUUGGCUUCUCAGUAGAAAGGUUUUUACAAAAUAUAUUUAUAAAACAAUCACUCCAGAAAUCUGGUAAAUUUACAAAAUAAUUACUCUGAAAAUUCGGUACAUCUUCAAAAUAAUCAUCCCGGAAUCACAUUCAUAAUAAUCACUCAUAAUAAUCCAGACAUUCAUUAAGAAAGAACUCCAAAUAUAUACAUUUUUCAACAAUGUUUGACUAUGGAACAAUUUAAGCAACAAUUAUGUGUAUGGGAAUGACAAUUUAGAAAAUAGUUUUUAUGAGCGUUUAGAAUGUGGAGAAGAUACCAGACAAUGAUGCAACACAAUCCUUGCAAUCUUUAUCUGCGAACCUUCAAAUCUUCAGAAAGAAAGUGUCGUUUAAACCUAUCAUAUGUUGUACCUGGAUACAGAAUCGUAAAAAAAGUUUAUAAGUCGUGUGUUCGUUCGUUUACUUCUUAUAUUGUUUGAAUUUACCUGUAAAUUUAUUGAUUUUGCAUUUGUAUAUUUACGCAUUUGUUUUUAUAAAUAUUUGUAUAUUUGCUGAUUUGAAUUGCUUAACUAGUGUAUAAACUGCUUAAAUUACGCAUUUCUUUAAUUAGUUUUAUAUUUACAUUCUUCUUGCAUUUAGCAUGUACAUAAACUUAAUUUUUUCAAUUUGUGAAUUUUUACUUUCGCUGUUUAAUGUUUAGUAUAAGUAUGCUAGCUUUAGUUACACACAUUUACUUUGCAUAACUCAGAAUUUUUUUUUCUGAGCUUUGAUAAUUUCUUUACCUGAUUUAUUGUUUUUUAUUUCAUUUUUAAGAAGAACAUCAAUGCCGAAUAAUUUCUCAUAUUUGGGGGACAUUGGCAAUACUGCCACCCAUAAAUGCUUAACUUUCUCUACUGGAACUGCUGUUCCCUUUUUCAUUAUUUAUACUUUGUAUGAAAUUUAAUAAUUGCUUUUCUGUCAUUGUUGUCACUAUAUUUGGCAUUCCCAUGUGUUUUUAUAUGUAUGUAUACUUAAAGUGUAAAUAAACAUUUUUGAAAAUUA